AUGGGAUCGGUCGGUGUCAGCCUCGAUCAACCCGGGAAGGAAGUCCCCUGGCAAGUCAAGGUUGCCCAGAAGCAGCAGCAAUGUCGAGAUGCCAUUCCCGCUGCGUGGCUGCUUCCACCCUCCAUCCUCGAGUCGUUGGUCUUCCCAUUGGACAAGACCCCCAACCGGCUUCUCGACCUGGACAUCCCACGGAAGUCAGGGCUCUUAUCUGACCGCGAGAUUAAGAUCACCGAGGACUAUACGGUGGUCGAGCUGCUCGCGAAACUUGCUUCGGGAGAGUUUUCGUCCCUCGAGGUGACAACGGCGUUUGCCAAGAGAGCUGCUAUUGCCCAGCAACUGACGUCCUGUCUCACAGAAGUCUUCUUCGACCAAGCCCUGGCCCGGGCCAAGUAUCUUGAUCAGUGCAGGAGCGAAGGAAAGCUGGUCGGACCAUUGCACGGUCUUCCCGUCAGUAUCAAGGACAGCUUUCAAGUGGUGGGAACCGAGGCCUGCAUCGGUUAUGUCUCAUUCCUGGGAAAGACGUCGGACGCGAACUCGCCGCUGGUGGACACUCUCCUCGGCCUGGGCGCCGUCCUAUACGUCAAAACGAACAUUCCCCAAACGCUCAUGACGGCCGACUCUGACAACAACGUCUUUGGGCGCACCUUGAAUCCUCAUAAUACAGCUCUCAACGCAGGUGGCUCCAGCGGUGGAGAAGGAGCACUGAUCGCAUUCCGAGGCUCGCCCUUGGGGGUGGGAACCGAUGUCGGCGGCUCAAUCCGCAUCCCGGCUCUAUGCUGCGGCACAUACGGCUUCAAGCCGACCUCCUCCCGGAUCCCGUACGGAGGGCAGGCAAACCCGGGACUUGCUGGCAUGAAGCCAAUUGUUGCUUCUGCCGGUCCGCUUGCAAACGACUUUGAGGCCCUGCAAAUUUUCUCCGAAGCCGUCAUCGACUCAACCCCGGCCCUGCUGGACUCAACCGUGCUUGACGUCCCCUGGCGUCGAUUGGACAACGAUACUCCGGCCCGGCUGAGACUGGGGGUUCUACCUGCGGAUCCUCUCUACCCGCUUCAUCCGCCUGUCAAAAGAGCCCUGGCCGAAGCUUGCAAGAAACUCCAAGCAGCAGGUCAUGAACUGAUCGAAUUGAACGUCUCGGAAUGCCGGGUUGCAGACGUGACGGAGCUCGCAGGGCACCUCUUCACGCUGGCACCCGCAGCGGCCAAGGCCAAAAUCGACGCAAGUGGCGAGCCAGUGGUGCCCUCAGUGUUGAGAAUGUCCGGAGUACCUCAAUUAGGAGAUCAGACGCUCACUUCGAGUCUUGCAGACCUUGACUCGUUGCACAAACUGGCUGCUUUGACGGUCAAAAGGCAAGAGGUCGCGGAGGACUGGCGAAAAAUAUGGGUGGACAAUAAAUUGGACGCAGUGAUCAGCCCAGCGGCCCAGAACACAGCCGUGGCGCACGACACGUACAGCUGGGUUCCGUAUACCGUCUUGGAGAAUCUCCUUGAUUACCCAGCUUGUGUGAUCCCGUUUGGCAAGGCAUCGAAACAACAAGAUGGGGACGCCAUGAAGAUACCACCAGGACAAGGCGGACCCGAUUAUGAUCCCGAACUGCAAGAUGGAGCGCCUUGCUCCAUUCAAGUCUUUACAAGCCGGAUGAGGGAUGAGGAGUGCCUGCGAGCGGCCCGCGUCGUUGAUGGCUGUCUCAACAAAGAGUCGUCCUCUUGA